UUAGAAAGCUCAUUUAAAUACGACUACGAUGCAGUUGACCAAGGGAACUUUUCUAUUGCUCACGCUCUGCCUCAGUUGUGGUGACAUCUGGGCAAAGCCCAGUUUGGAUCUGCUCCAAGAUAUCUGGAAUGGACUGGGCGAUGCAACUCACGAUAUCCUCGAUGAACUGGCGACUGCCACAAAAAACGGUGCUGAAAUUACAAAGGAUCUCUUAGGCGAUCUGAAUAAUGCUGCGGAAAGUGCUUUGCAUAAUACUCUAGAAAUUAGUGAACAAAUAUCGAAUGCAAUUUCCGAGGCUUUGAACGCUAACCUAAAUAACUUAUCAACCACCUUACAGAGUACGCUUACAGAUCUAGAAACUCUGGUGUCCGAGGAAACAAAUCGCAUCAAGAGAAAUGCGCUGACUAGUGGAUUAGACGCCCUCAAAGUUCUCAAUUCAAAUAUUGAUAAUUUAAAGGAAGAACUGAGCAACAUUAGCGAACAGAUCGGUGGCACAGUUGAAAGCCAGGUAAAUGAAGCAAUUAAAGAGCUGCAAGAAUGGGGUGAGAAUCAAUUGGAGCGAGUGAAUAACAAAACAGCUGGAGCUGGCACUGAACAAGCUAAUGAUCUUAUUCAGAGUGUGAUCCUACGCUUCAACCACGCUCUGAGCAAAUCUCUUGAGGAGCUGGACAUUUUAACGACCCUGUUCGAAAGAGAUGUCAACGAAGCCAUCGAAACCUAUACAAGAUAUGCCAGGGAACUAAUAGACCAAAUGAAUAGAUGCAAGGCAGCACCUGCUGUUCUAUGCCGCAUUAAUAUCAAUAUAUUGUCUGAGAAAGUGCUGACUUCGACCAAUCAGCUGAUUCGUCUACGUAGAUCGGGCCAGCAAUUGAUCGAAUCGGGUCUUUAUGCCACCCAACGUGUCGAGAAUCUUCUGACUCAGUUGGUUAAAGAUAUGCUGAAGUGUGAGAAGGAUCUUGAUGGUAUCAUUGAGGACAACAAGGACGAACAGGCCGAUGGAUCUGGUGACUCUGAUUCAUCUGAUGAAUCUAGUAAUUCAUCUGAUUCUUCUGAUGAAUCUAGUAAUUCAUCUGAUUCAUCUGAUGAAUCCAGCAAUUCAUCUGAUUCCUCUGAUUCAUCUGAUGAAUCUAGUAAAUCUGAUGAAUCUGGUUCAUCUGAUGAAUCCGGUAAUUCUGAUGAAUCUGGUACAACUGGUGAAUCUGGUGAAUCUGAUGAAUCUGGUACAACUGAUGAAUCUGGUGAAUCUGAGGAAUCUGAUGAAUCUAGUACAACUGAUGAAUCUAAUACAACUGGUGACUCAGACACAAUUGGUGAAUCUGGUGAUGAAACUACUGAGAAUAGCACAGAUAAUGACAAUAAUGUUGACUAAUGCAAUCCCGAUAGUUCUAUCCUAAGAGAUACUAAGCCAAACCAACAUUGAGACAACAACAAUUACAUAAACGACUAAAUAAAUAUACAUACUUAAGAUUUAACGUGGUGGUGGGUGAUUACAGCAUAAUAAAAAAAUUUAUUUUCAAUGCAAAACUUA